GGAGAGAGAGAGAGAGAGAGAGAGAGAGAGUUUUGCAGUCGAAGAACCGGUUGCUCUCUCAGCUUUGCUUGCUUAAUAAACAAUAGCCAGAGGGAAGUUAGGCCAACGGUUAGCUUCCCUCCAAACCCUCUGAUUCCCUUGAACUCGAAGCAAAGCUUUUGCGGGUGAAGUCUUGGUCACCAUCUGAGACACCCAACUUCACCUUCCUGACAUAUGCUUUACACCCAUCUUGCUCUGCUCCUUCUAUAUACAGUUGAAAAUCCCUUGGAUCAUGUUCAUAUUGAGGUCUAUACGUAAGUACCCAUUACAGCUUCUGAAAUCUAGUGCCAAGAGAGGUGCUUUCUGGUGUGCUUUUGGGUCUAGAAUCUUAGGUGCUUAAAAGUUACAAGCUUUUGUGGUGUUCGGAGACCUAGAAGAGUUCAUUAGUCUGAGGGGCUUAAUUAAAGAAACCCAUCCAUGGUUGGUGCUUGAUUUUCAUUAUAUCAAGCCGUGGGCUUUCUGGGGUUUGGAAUUCACUAGAGUUGGCUUCUGGAUUGGGGGUUUUGGCAUACUGCUGCUGACAAGCUCACCCCAGAGCUUUAUGUGCGCAGAGAUGAAAGGUCCUCAAAACAGUUCUCAUGGGCCGCCCCACCCAGAUGGUAUUUUUAUUAUGAAAUCUUAUGAAUUGCGUUACACUACAAAUUAGCCGAAAGCCAUUUUUUCAUGAUUCAACAAUAUUAUCUUUGUGAUUUUGAAGUUUCCUUUCGCUGGUAUUCUAUAUAUUUGGAUUGUUUGCGAUGAUAUAGUGGGCAGAGGGAUAACGGUAGUUUAUUAUUUGGAAGAGUUUGGAGUUUGGUUUUUAGUCCAACAAAAAUCAUUCAAAAUGAAUACCAGGCACUUCUUUCCACCGUACUCCUUGUGCAAUUCAGGAAGUGAGAUUUCAUUUUCAUCAAAUCCUCCAGCAGGAGAAGAUCGUAUGGUUGUGGGCAACCGACACAGGCCUACUCGUGCUCUACCUUCUUCGUCUUUAGGAAGGAUGGCGAUGAGGAUCUCUAGAGCAAGGUGGUUCUCUUUCUUAAGAAGAGUAUUCCACUAUCAAAAUGGAUCAAGAUCUGAUCUUGGCUCUAAUCCUUUCAAUUCAAGCACUUGGAUGUUGAUGGAGUUUGUAGCUUUGGUGGUUCAAAUAAGCAUCACAACAUUUACUAUAGCCAUUUCCAAGAAGGAGAAGCCUGUUUGGCCAAUGAGAAUAUGGAUUGUUGGUUAUAAUAUUGGUUGUGUUCUUAGUCUGCUACUACUCUACGGUCGCUACCGGCAUCAUCUCACUCAUGGAGAUGGUUUCGGCCUUUCUGAUGUGGAACAGCAGAGGGGCAGUGAAGAAUCCAGGAUCUCACAUCUAAUGAACAAAUGCCGAACUUCACUAGAAUUAUUCUUUGCAAUAUGGUUUGUGAUGGGUAACGUUUGGGUAUUCGACUCUCGAUUUGGGUCCUUUCAUCGAGCCCCAAAACUUCACGUGCUCUGCAUCUCCCUACUGGCAUGGAAUGCAAUAUGCUACUCAUUUCCAUUCCUGCUAUUUUUGCUGCUAUGUUGUUGCGUGCCACUGAUUAGCAGCCUCGUCGGAUACAACAUGAACACGGGGUCAACUGAUAGAGGAGCAUCCGAUGAUCAAAUUUCUCAGCUUCCCAGUUGGAGGUACAAAGAAGUCGACACCAAGUUAGAGCCUUGCACUAAUACUCACUGUAAUCCCGACCUUGCAAAUGAAGAUCCAGAAUGUUGCAUUUGCCUAGCCAAGUACAAGGACAAGGAAGAAUUGAGGCAGUUGCCAUGUUCCCAUGUGUUCCACCUCAAAUGUGUAGAUCAAUGGCUCCAAAUUAUAUCUUGUUGUCCUCUUUGUAAACAAGAACUAGAGAGGUAGAAAGCAACAUCAUCACCCACAGGCAGAAGUUCAAUCUGUCAUUUUCUAUUUUUACUACACACACACACAUACAUAUAUAUAUAUAUAUAUAUAUAUAUAUUUCAUUUUUCUUUUUCUCACUGUGGUGUGAAAUAAAUGGAUUAUCGUGGUUACUUGAGUGAGUAUUGCUUGUACAGUGGAGGUCACCAGUAACCACUGAAAAAGAAAUCAACCGUGUUUGAGUAUACAAUACAUAUAAAGUGUUGUAGUCUUCUCA